GCAACGAACUCAGAAGGGAAGAGGGAGACAGGUCAGGACAGUCAGUUGCUAUGGCCUUCCCGCACUUUGGACACCCGUACGGCGGCGCUUCCCAGUUUCUGGUGUCUGCAAGUUCCAGUGCCACUUGCUGCGAAACGGCCCCUUGCUCUGUCUCAGAUGUGGCCUCAGCCUCCUCCCCAGCAUCCGCUCUCUGCUGCUCACACUAUGACAGUCGGCUGCUGGGCAGUGCACGGCCAGAGUUGGGCCCUGCCUUGGGCAUCUAUGGAGCCCCCUACACAGCUGCUGCAGCUGCCCCCAGCUACCCUGGGUACCUGCCCUAUGGUCCAGAGCCACCCCCAUUGUGUGGAGCUCUUAAUCCUCAGUAUGAGUUUAAGGAUGCUACUAGGAGCUUUACCCCUAGCCUGACCCAACCAGGAGCCUAUUACCCCUAUGAACCAACUCUGGGGCAAUAUCACUAUGACAGGUAUGGUGGGAUGGAGCUGAGUGGGGCUGGCCGCAGGAAGAACGCCACCCGGGAGAGCACCAGCGCUCUCAAGGCCUGGCUCAAUGAGCACCGCAAGAACCCGUACCCCACCAAGGGGGAGAAGAUCAUGCUGGCCAUCAUCACCAAGAUGACCCUCACCCAGGUGUCCACCUGGUUUGCCAAUGCGCGCCGGCGCCUCAAGAAGGAGAACAAGAUGACGUGGGCGCCCAAGAACAAAGAUGCCACUGCCAGUCAGGAGGCCCAGGGGCUGCGGAUGAGUGACUUAGAAGACCUGGAGGACGAGGAGGAAGAGGAGGACGUGGGCGAAGAGGAGGCAGCGGCCUCAGCAUCGGACAGGCUGGCAGGGUGUCAUAAGAGCGCAAGGUCCCUGCGGGUGCCCUGCACAGCAGCUCCAGAGGGCUGCUUGGAGAGCAGGGAGUGUAGCCUGGCGGCACCAAGCUUCUCCUUCAGUGAGGCCCAGCGAUCGGCAGAAGCUGACUUCAUUGCUGCAGAGCCGAGGGGCCCCACUAUGAUCAUGCAGUACCCCUGCGGCCAGAAACCCCGCAUCUGGUCCUUGGCGCAUACUGCGUCUUCCAGAGCUGUGGAAGAUACACCCUCAACCCCGCCCAGGGCACAAAGCCCAGGGUGCCACGUGAUCCCCAGACAGUCCAGCUCCAGCAAGCGACUGGGGGUCCCCCAGGACUCGGAUGUCGAGGAGGCUUCCCGCGUAGUCAAAGCCUUUGGAAACUCCACGUUCGCCUUGCAGGGGCUGCCACUGAACUGUGCACCGUGCCCGAGGCGGAGGGAGCCUGCAAUACGGUGCCAGUACCCGUCUGGAGCAGAAGCAGGUUAGCGCAAUGGCUGCAAUUUGCAGAAGAAUUUUGGAAAUGCCACUUUUGGAUUCACCUCCAUGCUAAGAAGCUUCCAGACUUUGACAGGGACCAGAAGUUUUCACUUUGCCUGAGGCAAACACACUGAACCCCCUUCUAGCAACCAUCUUUGCACGCAGGGCUGGGGUUGGUGGGCAGAUGCCCAGGAGAGGUGGCAAGGCACCUUGAAUAAGGCCCAGGGGGUUAACGCUGGCUUUUCCGCAGGCCUCUCUUCCUUCUCUGGACCAAGGGUCUUAUAGCUUCCCCUUUUGCCCACCCAACCCCACCCGGGCCGCUCACUUUGUAACUUCCUUACUGAACCAGUCUCUAGGUCUCUAAGGACCAUGUGUGUCCUCUUCCCUCCUCAACCUAUGACUUUAAAAAUAACCUCGC